UCCGGCGUCUGCACCAGUGCGUGUGUUAUUGCAUGUUAUUCAUCCUAAGCAGAUGUAGUUUUGUGAGGAGUUUCGUCUGAGCAUAUCUGACAUUAAAUAUCGACAGAGAGAGGCGCAGUGAUGAAUCCUGUCUUCCGGAAGGUGCAGGCGUCUGUCGCACAGCAGGCGCUCCUGCUGAAUAAAGCGCUGACACCUUGCCGGGCUGCACCGUCCAUCCGGCAUCCUGUUUGGUGCACACACUCUGUAAAUGAACGACAGUACAAGGGCAUGCCAACCCACGGCAUUGGGAGGUGGAAAUAUCUGUUACCUAAGCAAGCGCCGAGGAAAAAGAAGGACAAGCACCAGAUGAAACGGAUCAUGUCUGCGACAGAUACAGCGUACGGCACUCUGAAUGUGAACGUGUCAGGAUAUGACAUGACUGUCGUGGAACAUUACUCCCAGUACAUCCAUAACUUCUGCAACCGGCUUGGCAUCAAAGUAGCAGACAGCUAUGCUUUACCAAGAAAGAGCACAGAGGUCAUGCUGAUGCAGGAGCAAGGCACCAAGACGUACGUCGAUGCUGUCCUCAAGACUCACCACCGAGUCAUUCAGGUGCUGCAGGUAAAAACAUAA